AUGGAUUGUACUCGAGAUGGAAGCGUCGUUACUUUUGCAGUUUUUACUAGAGUUGUGACAAUUUUACUACAGAUUGUGUCAAACAACCUUAUACCCGAUCAUGAAGCAGAUGCAUUCAAUCCAGAAUGGAAAAUAAAUGGAGUUGGAGACCAAGUUGUUUACACUCUACUAGGUGGCUUUACACACUGGGAUUCUGCACAUUUCUUGUAUAUUGCAGAAUAUGGUUACACAAAAGAAGAACAUUUUGCAUUUUUCCCUCUUUAUCCAUUUUUAUUGUCAUUCACAAAAGAACAAGCGACUUCACAACAACUAUUGAUGUUUAUGAGUGAACAUAGUGUGAUUUUAAUCUGUGGUAUAGCAUGCAAUUUAACAUUUUUUGCUAUUACCGCAUUGGUACUCUAUCGCCUCAGUGUCAUUGUCCUGCGUAAUGAGAAAACAGCCUAUCAGGCGGCUCUGUUAUUCAGCAUAAACCCAGCGGCAAUAUUUAUGACAGCUGCAUACACUGAGUCACUAUUUGCAAUGCUUGGCUUUCUUGCAAUGUUAUUGCUGGAAAAGAAAUAUAUCUUUUCUUCAUCUGUAAUGUUUGCUGUCGCCACGGCAACCAGAUCCAAUGGUGUUGUUGCUUGUGGAUUUUUUUUGUAUCUGUUUGCUAGAAGAAUUAUUUGGGAAUUGUUCUGCCUACACAGAUGUUUCAACUUUAAAGCUAUGGUGCAAUCAUUCACGAAGACACUAGUGUAUUUACUACUUACUAUUGUAACGCUCAUAUCAGUGUUUUGUCCUUUUAUUAUAUUUCAGUAUUACGCUUAUGUUAAAUUUUGCACUGAUGAAAAACUGUUCAGUUAUUUUGAAAUUGAACAUCCGUGGAGAAAUAGUCCUGAUGUUUUUGAUGAUGCUGAUGUCACUGAAAUUGAGGAUUUUUCUCCUCCACUACAAAAUGUUCAUGAGCAGCCAUCGUGGUGCAAUAAUAGUCCUCCAAUAGUUUACUCACACAUACAAGAAAAAUACUGGAAUAAUGGAUUGUUCAAAUAUUAUGAAUGGAAACAAAUUCCGAACUUUAUGUUAGCUACACCAAUGGUUGUGUUCUGUAGCUGGGCUGUUUGGGAUUAUUGUAGAGUGAGAUGGAACUAUAUAAAAUAUCUUGGAUUGAAACCCAAAAAAUAUAAAGAAGAUGAUGAUGAUAAAAUUCAUAUUGGUUACUAUGGUGAUGGAGUAUUUGUUUAUCUUUGUCACAUGAUUGUAUUGGUUGUUUUCGGUGUGCUGUUCAUGAAUGUGCAGGUUAUAACGAGAUUCAUUUCCUCAAGCUGUCCUUUAUUUUAUUGGUUUGCUGCUGCCAUGACAACACCAUCUACUACCAACUCUUCUGAAGAAAACAAUACUAGUGACAAUUCGAGUUCUCGUGAUAACAUCAUAGAUAGUGCCACAGACAAUGUACUAACCAGGCAGAUACUAAGCAUCAAAAGUCAAGAUUUAAAAACAAAAAUUAUUCUGGGUUUCUUUCUCGCUUACAAUCUUCUUGGGAUUAUAUUACAUUGUAACUUUCUUCCUUGGACGUGAAAGACAUGCUGGUUUAAUCUUGCAA